AGCUGCCAUGCGUGCUGAGGCUGCCUCCAGGAUGACGGCAGCAAAUCAAAAUAAUAAAGAGAACGACGAGGGGAAAAAUAAAAAACUGCACCCGAACACUUUGGGAUACACGCAAUGGUCGCACGGGCGCAACGGCAACGAUGACGGGUUGGAUUGAUUGUUUGAUGAUUGAUCUGCUGUUGCGGGCGAUGACGGACGGCCGUUUGGGUUGCGGUGUUCGUUAGUUUCUCUCCACGUGUGGCGGUUCUCUUUUUUCUCUCGACCCUGUCCACCACCAUUCGCGCCCGUCUAUCUGGCCGGGUCAUAUUUUCCUGAUUCUAUCCUUACGAAGAUCUACAUUACAAGCCAUCCAGCAUGGUCCGACACAAAAAGGACAACUUCUCCCGGGGAGGCAAGAAAUUCUCAACCCCCCGCCCGCGCCCAGUACCCCGCGGCGACAACGACGAAACAGCCUCCUCCAGACCCCCUUUCAAAGCCGCCUGUUGGGACCUGGGACACUGUGAUCCGAAGCGAUGCUCUGGAAAGAGGUUGAUGAAUUUUGGGUUGAUGCGCGAGUUGGCGAUCGGACAACGAUUUCCUGGUGUCAUUGUCAGUCCGAAUGCAAAGAAGAUCAUCUCUCCGGCUGAUCGGGAAUUGAUGGAACAACAUGGUGCCGCUGUGGUCGAAUGUUCCUGGGUGAGGGUCAAGGAAGUGCCCUGGAAUCGGAUCGGGGGCAAGUGUGAAAGACUUUUGCCGUACCUCAUCGCAGCCAACACAGUCAACUACGGAAAACCCUGGCGUCUGAAUUGUGUCGAAGCCUUGGCUGCCUGUUUCUUCAUCUGCGGCCACGAAGACUGGGCCAAGGAAGUGCUCAAGCCUUUCCGUUACGGAGAAGCCUUUAUCGAGAUCAACGGGAAAUUGCUGAAACGGUACGCGGCAUGCGCUACAGAAGAAGAAGUCAAGAAAACCGAGGAGGAAUGGCUGGCCAAGAUCGAGCGGGAGUACGAAGAGAGCCGGGCGGAAGGUGGUGAUAUCUGGACUACUGGUAAUACGAACCGGAAAGCGGAAGCGUCUGACUCUGAUGAAGACGGCGAAGACGACUAUGAGGACAAAGACAGCGACAAGGAUGAUGAGAGUGAAGAAGACGAAGAAGAAGAAGACCGUGACCCCUUCGCCAUCUCAGACGACUCCGAGGAAGAGGAACAAAUGGCUGAGAUCCGACGCAAGAUCCUUGGCUCCAAGUCUUUUCAAAACCCAUCCGCAUCCGAUAAGCAGGAACCCGAGAAGAUCGCACGACCUGAAACCGUCCACAAAGAUUCCGACGCCGAGUCUGGGUCGGCGGGUAGCGAGGACGAAGCCUUUGACAACAUCAUCAAUGCAACCCCAGUCACCGACCGGACGGGUAUCAUAGCCACUUCCCAGCGCAAGGGCAAGGAAACAUACAGUGCUUCCUUUUCACGGACAGUCGUCAAUGCCCCCAAGAAGUGGUGA